AUUACAGAGAAAAUAAUGAGUAUUCAAGCAAACAUGUCGUUCGCCACCUCCCUCCACCGAUCAACCACCCCCGGAGUUGGCCUUCCGCUAACACCAUGUAUCUCUCCCUCUCCCUCUCUUUCCUUUUCCCCAAAAUAUGGCAGUUUUAACAACACAAGUUUGAGACUCAAACCAGAGGCUGGGAGCAAAAGUUAUGAGGGGAUUCGCAGAAGUCAUCAGUUAGCAGCAGCAUCAACAAUUUUGGAGGGACAAACUCCCAUUACUCCGGAGGUUGAAUCGGAGAAGAUACGGCUGAUUGAAAGGAUUCGUUCGAUGCUACAAGACAUGGACAACGAUGGCCAGAUAAGUGUGUCACCAUACGACACAGCAUGGGUGGCGCUCGUGGAAGACAUUGAUGGCAGCGGGGGGCCACAGUUUCCGACGAGCCUAGAGUGGAUUUCUAACCACCAGUACGACGAUGGAUCGUGGGGGGAUCGCAAAUUUGUUCUCUAUGACCGGAUACUCAAUACGUUAGCAUGUGUUGUCGCACUCACGAAUUGGAAAAUGCAUCCUAACAAAUGCGAAAAAGGGUUGAGGUUUAUACAUGAGAAUAUUGAGAAACUCGCGGAUGAAGACGAGGAGCUCAUGCCCGUAGGAUUCGAAAUCGCACUGCCAUCACUCAUUGAUUUAGCUAAAAGACUGAGUAUAGAAAUCCCAGAAAAUUCUGCAAGCAUAAAAAGAAUUUAUGAAUUGAGAGAUUCAAAACUUAAAAAAAUACCAAUGGAUUUAGUGCACAAACGGCCCACAUCACUACUCUUCAGCUUGGAAGGCAUGGAAGGCCUUAACUGGGACAAACUAAUGAAUUUUCUAGCCGAGGGUUCGUUUCUUUCAUCGCCAUCGUCCACUGCCUACGCUCUCCAACACACCAGGAAUGAGUUAUGCCUAGAGUAUAUACUCAAGGCUGUCAAGAGAUUCAAUGGUGGAGUUCCAAACGCAUACCCGGUCGACAUGUUUGAGCAUCUGUGGUCCGCGGAUCGCUUGCGGAGAUUAGGAAUUUCUCGGUAUUUUCAAGCUGAAAUUGAAGAAAACAUGGCCUAUGCUUACAGAUACUGGACAAAUAAAGGAAUUACCUGGGCAAGAAAUAUGGUUGUCCAAGAUAGUGAUGACAGCUCAAUGGGAUUCAGGCUGUUAAGGUUGUACGGAUACGAUAUUCCUAUAGAUGUAUUCAAACAUUUCGAGAAAGGUGGACAAUUCUGCAGCAUACCAGGACAGAUGACACACGCUAUUACAGGAAUGUACAACUUGUUUAGAGCUUCUGAACUUAUGUUCCCUCAAGAACACAUACUUGCUGAUGCCAGAAAAUACACAGGUAACUUCUUGCAUCAAAGAAGAAUUACUAACACAGUUGUAGACAAGUGGAUCAUUACCAAAGACCUUCACGGCGAGGUGGCAUAUGCAUUGGAUGUGCCAUUCUACGCCAGUCUGCCACGACUGGAAGCACGAUUCUUCAUAGAGCAAUAUGGGGGUGAUGAAGAUGUUUGGAUUGGGAAAACAUUGUACAGGAUGUUUAAAGUUAACUCCGACACAUACCUUGAGCUGGCAAAAUUAGAUUACAAACAUUGCCAGUCAGUGCAUCAGUUAGAGUGGAAUAGCAUGCAAAGAUGGUAUAGAGAUUGCAAUCUAGGAGAAUUUGGGUUGAGCGAAAGAAGCCUUCUCCUAGCUUACUACAUAGCUGCCUCAACUAUAUUUGAGCCGGAAAAAUCAAGUGAGCGGCUGGCUUGGGCUAUAACAACAAAUUUAGUUGAAACAAUCGCGUCCCAGAAACUCUCUGAUGAACAAAAGAGAGAGUUUGUUGAUGAAUUUGUAAACGGAAGCAUCGUCAAUAACCAAAAUGGAGGAAGACAUAAAGCGGGAAACAGAUUAGUUGAAGUUUUGAUCAACAAUGUAACACUGGUGGCAGAAGGCAGAGGCACAUAUCAGCAGUUGUCUAAUGCGUGGAAAAAAUGGCUAAAGACAUGGGAAGAAGGAGGUGACCUGGGGGAAGCAGAAGCACGGCUUCUCCUGCACACGAUACAUUUGAGCUCCGGAUUGGAUGAAUCAUCAUUUUCCCAUCCAAAAUAUCAGCAGCUCUUGGAGGCAACCAGCAAAGUCUGCCACCAACUUCGCGUAUUCCAGAGUGUAAAGGUGUAUGAUGCCCAAGAGUCAACAAGCCAACUGGUAACUGGGACAACUUUCCAAAUAGAAGCAGGCAUGCAAGAACUAGUGAAAUUAGUUUUCACAAAAACCUUGGAAGAUUUGCCUUCUGCUACCAAGCAAAGCUUUUUUAGUGUUGCUAGAACUUUCUAUUACACUGCCUAUUGUCAUGCAGACACUAUAGACUCCCACAUAAACAAAGUAUUGUUUGAAAAAAUUGUCUAGAUUUCCAGGAGAGAGAUCCGAAUAAAUCAUGUGUAUGAUAAGCAAAAAAAACAUUUCAAUAACAGACUAUUCAGUAAUUUGGAGUUUCUCUA